UCGACUUCACGGGGGUUCAACGACGACUCGACACCGGACACCCCGGCCUCAUCGAAUCGAAAAGUGCUGCAUAAACAGACGGGGUCAUUUUCGUCCUUCGAUACCUUGCCGCGGCGGAGCUCGGCCACCUCGGUCCAGAGCCGACGCCUGUCGAGAGCAUACUCGCUCUCAUUGAGCUCCUCCAGACUACCUAUGACGGGAAUUGAUUUCAAGACGGCCAUCGAUUGGAAGACACAGCAGGUGGAAGCUCAUUGUGCCGUGGAGGCCGAUCUUCGCAGCAAACCCUCCUAUCUAGUAGUGACGCGGGACUACAUCGUCAAGAUGAGGAGUAAGGCAGAGGCGAUAGCUGCCUUUCCUCAGAUCGACGGCGGCCAGGAGACCCACAGCAUGAUGCCACCUCCAGAACCUCUCAUUGUCAUUCCAGUCCACAUGAUGGUUUCCGUAUUUGUGGCAGAAGGCUCACGGCCCUCAUUUGGAAUAGAGAUGUGGUGGAGGUCGUCUACGUGUCGGGCAGCCUAUUGCAGCGCGCAGGCUUACUUUAGUCUGCCGGAGGCGCGAUCUGAGAUGCUGCACAUCAUUGUUGCUCAGCUGAAGGCCAAGAACAUUGAGUUUCCUGAAGCAUCGCUCGUUCCACUGGAGGUGGAGGCGCAGAUUGUGGGCAUCUUCGGAAAAGAAGAGCCUGAUUUCAAGACAUGCAAGCCAGAGAUUUUUCCUGUGGUAAGGAGGACGUCGGUCAGAGAAGACGUGUACUCGAAGGAUAAGCCAAGGAAGUCUCAAGACGUGUCUUCUUGGUAUCUCGCUCUGGGCAGGAAUUCGUGUUACCUUGCUGAAGUGGGUCCUGGCCUCCCCGUGGAUGUGAAGUAUCAGACCUUUGGGCUGGUGACCUUGGACUCGUUUCGGGCCAACUGGACAUUUCACGAAGAGCGCUUUGUUCUGACCUUCCGCGAACCCUUCAAACCCGCAGUGAGACUCGAACUGGCAAGCAGGUACUAUAGACAGAUUGUCAUCACUUUUAUGAAGGCAGAUAGGUUCCUCAAGCCGUGCUGGCCAACAACAAUGCAGACGAUGGAGACGUUCCAUAUCUCUGGGCUUACCGACCCGCAGCUCUUGAUCCCAGGGGAUAACUACGGCGGUCUCAAGCGGACGCUGGGCGCCUUUCUCUCGGCGUACCACAGCCCGCAGGUAGAAUGGGAAAUCAACUGGAAGACCGACCUUGCUCCCGAGUUCCGCCUGCUUCCGCCCAAGGCGGGCGGUAACUACACCAACCUGCAGCUCUUGGCCGUCAUGAGGUCGCUCCGCUACAACGGGUAUUUCAACUCCAUUUCGUUCAAUGGCAUCGAUCUCAGUGGGUUGUGGGACAGGACGGAUCCAGCUGGCAGAACGCCUGUCCCCUAUAUAAACCGUAGCUGCCUAGCACUGAGCGAGGUCGAGUUGGGCCAGAUGAAGUUUGGUACGCUUUUGCAUCAAGAAAUACAUGCCCUUGCCUUCUGUUCGGAGACCAUCCGGCAGAUCGAUUUUACUCGUUGUUUCACUGAACGGAAUGUUCAGCGAAACAUGUCGUCUUCGACGGUGACCAAUCUGGGAUUCCUCUUCCCCAUCUUGAAUCUGCUUGAGCUGGGCCUGACGAAGUGCAACCGCCUUCUGCUGAGCGGCAACUACCUGCGCUCAGCAGACAUUGACGGUCUGGCGUUGAUGACGCAGAACGUCACGAUUCAAGCUCUUGACAUCUCGAACUGUGGUCUCUCUGAUCUUGCACUACGAGACAUUUUCGAGGUCCUGUAUCAUCAGGGACACUCUUUACAGUCACUCGACAUAUCUGGCAAUCGUGGUCGUAUUCAUGCUUCUUUCAUUGCGAACUUUUCCCAGUCUAUUCAAGAUCUGAGAAAGCUUAAUGUUUCUGGUGUUGUAAUGGGAGACAUUCCUGGUCCCAUCUUCUCCUUCGAGACACUCUCGCGCUUUGAGCACCUCGAGGAGCUGGAUUUGUCGAAGCUCAACCUGAAUGACGCGUCGCUGAACGCCCUAGAGAGAUUCCUCUCGCAGAAACCACUCCCGUCAGAGCCUCAAUUUUUUGACACUCAGGACAGCUCAUCAGCCGCGACCUCGACGUUGCGGAAGCUCGCCCUCAACAACUGCGGUAUCAACGGGCGCGAAGCCGCUCGUCUCGUGCGUGCGCUGGCCAAUCACCCCAGCGCACACCUCCACCUCACCGGAAACCCACUCGACGACGGCGUGGAGGAUCUCUGCCGUGCACUUUCGCUGACACCAGGCCCUGCCGGCCUGCACAUUGACAUGGUCGAGUUCCGCCGCGAGGAAAGCUUCGUUGCGCUGAUGAAGGCUCUGGCCCUCAACAAGCACAUCAUCUUCCUGAGCAUGGCAGGGACUGCCCCCACACCACUCGCAGAUGGCCCCUGCGGGCCCGAGGUGUGCGAAGCGCUCGAGACCUUCUUCAGGGGCAAUACAUCAGUCAAGUACCUCGAUCUCUCCGGCUACAGCGGGAAGCUGGACGAGGGGCAACUGGCGAGAGGCUUCGCCCGGUCACUACGUGGCCUGGCGCACAACAGGACUCUCACGCACCUGCGUAUCCGUAACCAGAACCUUCACGACGAUGUCGGCACGCUGGGCAGCGUCAUUCGGCAGACCAACACCCUGCGCAUGCUCGACUGCCAGGACAACAGCUGGAACCUGACAAGCAUCCAGUUCCUCGUGAAGAGCCUCAAGCUCAACAGCUCCAUCGUCGACUUCCCCUUUCCGCAUGCAGAAUAUGAGCGUGUCUGGUCGCGCGUGGCGGCUGACGUCAGGCGG